AUUACAUACAAAAUAUAGAUACCAAUUUACAAAAAGUAGAUAAACUAAAUAGAGAUGCAGAUAAAUGGAAACAAAUAAAAGACGAAGCUCAAAAGCUUUUAGAUGAAUAUUCAAACGUUAAAACAGACUUACAUAAACAGGUGAACGUAGAUAUUAAAUCGGUACAAGAAAAAAAAGAUAAAUGGAAAGAUGUUAGAGCCAAAAUUGAUAAUAUGUACGUAGAUUAUAUAGCAUUAAAUAAGAGUACUGAUGAAAUGAUUGAAAAACAAUUUAAUGAAAUAUUAGAUAAAUAUAAUAAUAUUAUACAAGAUAAAAGUAAAAUAAUAAAUGAGAAGGUAAAUAUGUAUUUAAAACGUUCAGACGAAAUCAUAGAUAAAUUAAAAAAUGUGAAUCCUAAACUAGAGGUUGAGAAAUAUGAAAAUCCUGAAUACAAAUCAAAUGUGGAAAGUUUAAAAAAUAAAGUUGUUGAACUCGAUAAAAAAAUUAAGGAUAAUAAAAUUCCUAUAGGAAAAAUUAUGGCAGCAUCCAAGGAAU